AUGCAAGAUAUAUGGCGCCGUAAAUUUGACUGGGAUGACGAACUUAGCCAAGAUCUCAUCGACCGCUGGAUCCGAUGGACGGAAACAUUACCUUCACUUUCUAAACUCGUCCUGGAAAGAUGCAUUUCUCCACGGCGAAACGAUCUUACGACGACUGAACUGCACGUUUUCGGAGAUGCAUCCGAAAUGGGUUUCGGCGCCGUCGCUUUUGUCCGCUUCUUAUUCAGCGAUGGGACGGCUAGCGUAAAGUUCAUCAUCUCAAAGGCUAGAGUCGCUCCCUUGAAAUUCCUAACGAUCCCGCGUUUGGAACUCAACGCCGCCGUCCUCGCCGCACGUCUCAGCGUACAAGUAAGCAUUGAGCACGAUCUUGUCUUUGACCAGACCUUCUACUGGACGGACUCCACGACCGUUCUUAGCUGGAUAAACUCACGCAACUGCCGUUUUAACAACUACGUUGGGAAUCGUGUGGGCGAGAUAUUCGAAAGCUCGGCCCCGGAUCAGUGGAAUUACGUCCCAAGCGCGAGUAAUCCCGCUGACGAUGCCAGCCGUGGUUUGGAUCCUUCCGAAUUCACCAUCGACCACCGUUGGUUUUCUGGACCACCCUUUCUUCGAGGUCUCGAAGAGUGGCCUAAACUUCAACCAUUACCAGUAAUAGAUGAAAGGGAUCCGGAAAUCAGGGAAACAACUUGGGUCGGACUAGUACACCGAGAAAUCGACGAAAUUGACCUCCUUAUCCAACGAAAGUCAAGACCACAAAUCAUUAUCAAUACCGUCGCCUAUCUCUUCCGUUUCAUCCGGAACGUCCGUCAAAGGAAUCGUGAUAAGCGAGCGACAAGUGGGCUUUCAGCCGAUGAAUUGCAAAUCGGAAAAUCCUUUAUCCUCCGUCGUAUGCAAUCAAACGUGUACCACCAGGAGGUGAGCGAUUUACGGGCCGACCGCCAAAUUGACAAGAACUCCAAAUUAAUCAAAUUGGCUCCAUAUCUUGACCAUCGAGGUUAUAUGUGCGUCGGCGGACGAAUCGGAAAAGCACCACUUCCAAUCGACACUCGCCACCCGAUCAUUCUCCCCCGCUCUGAGCGAAUGACGGAACUUAUCUUCUUCACGUUACAUCGCAAUCGUGGUCAUCUCUCGGCUAGCGAACUUCAUCACGAAGCACGUUUGCAGUACUGGAUUCCGAAGGGGCGAAUCACAGCUCUAAGAGUUCACCAUUUAUGUUAUCCCUGCAAAAAAUUAAGUGCAAAGGGAACAACACCAAUCAUGGCUGCUCUCCCCGCCUCUCGUUUAAAGGUUGGGUAUCCCCCGUUCACACACACCGGAGUGGAUUACUUCGGUCCCAUCCAGGUGAAUAUCUUCCGGCGUACAAUUAAACGCUGGGGUUGCUUAUUUACAUGCUUAACAUCACGCUGUGUGCACCUCGACAUGGCUUACUCGUUGGAUACUAGUUCCUUCAUCUCUGCGCUCGAUCGCUUCCAAAAUCGUCGUGGAGUUCCUGCGUCCUAUCAUAGUGACAACGGGACCAACUUUGUCGGAGCAGAGAGGGAGUUAGCCGCAUGUCUAGAAAACCUCAAUCAACACGCCAUCCUACGUCAUCUGGGCCGUCAACCAUCGAAAUGGGUGUUCAAUCCACCAGCCGCACCACACUUUGGAGGUAGUUGGGAAAGAAUGGUUCGAGCAGCAAAGAUUGCAUUUCGAUCCGUCUUGGGAAACCAACGCCUCACAGACGAAAUCCUGUUGACUGCCCUUACACUAAUAGAGAACAUCCUUAACAGCCGCAAGCUUACUCCGGUAAGUGAAGACCCGAAUGAUCCGGAAUGCUUGACCCCAAAUCAUUUACUUCUUGGCCGUGCUACUCCUAAUCUUCCACCUGACGUCUUUACCGAAGAUGAUUUAUCCGCCAAGGAGAGGUGGCGAAUUGCGCAAGCAGUUAUAGAACAAUUCUGGCGACGCUGGAUGAAGGAGAUAUUACCAAGUCUCACCGAACGUGAAAAUGGCAUCAAGAGCGUCCCAACCUCGAGGUGGGAGAUAUCGUCGUCAUCAUUGACCCAGCAACCCCCCGUGGAAUUUGGCCUACUGGAAGGAUUAUUCAAACGUUUCCUGGAGACGAUGGAGUCGUUCGUUCCGCGACCAUCCAGACAAAGGGAACCGAACGUCACCGACCGGCUCACGUACUGUUUCUUCUAG